CUGUUGCGCUCCGCCUUCGCCGCUGCCUCCUCUUGUUUGUGGUUUUGGCCAAUCCUUCCCCUCCCUCUCAUCCCGGGCCCCGGGUGAAAAUUUUGCCCCACAAACUCUAGCGCGUCGGAUCACAAGCAAGGGCAAAAUUUUCUGUGACUCCGGCUGAAGGACCCUGCGACACCCAAAACUAUGUCGGUGGCGAAGGACGACACUGGCCGCACUAUACCCAAGUUCGGCGAAUGGGACGUCAACAACCCGGCCUCUGCCGACGGGUUCACGGUUAUCUUCAGCAAAGCCAGGGAUGAGAAGAAAGCCCCGACGACCAAACCACAACCAGGCCACAUCACCCAAAGGUCGGCGUCGGCUGACAGCAAGGACUCCAGGACCGACAAGAUGACCUCCUACAACUCCAGGACCAACGCAUCGAAGAAAUGGUUCUGCUGUGUCUCGCCCAGUCCUACACAAUCUUGAGGAAGCAAAAGAGGAACGCAAUGCUGCAGUCUGGUGCUAUUCUGUGAUGGUUAUGUGUAGCUCUGUCGCUGGCAGACUGGCCAUGAGUGACCUCUUCGAACUCGAUCCUACUACUUGCCAGUGACAGGGGCACUAUGUAUAGCCGUUGCAAAAUGAGAAAAUUACUCUGAUGGGUGUCUGCUUAUAGCUCCUUAGCUCUGUAUACCAUCAGUUCAAGUUGAUGUCUGCUUGUAAGUUUCUUUUUCUCGCCCCUUCUCUAUGUGGUGUAACCCUUCCUCAACGUUAUCAGUGAAUCCGAGUUACUCCCCAA